AUGAAUAUUGAGAGUGAUAUUUUACCAGCUAACGAAGACAAAAAUCUUAAAAUGUCAAAUCCAUCAUGGGCGGAUGCAAUGAGCAAAAUAUUGAAAACAAAAAAAAAGAAAGGAAAAUCUUUAAUACUCUCUAAGGCAAAAAUAAUUUCAGCAACUGAUCUUAAUAAAAUAAAACAAGAAAUAGAGGAUAUUGAUGAUACAUUUGAAAUUGUAGACAAAGGUGGACAGAAAGUUGUAAUCCCAGAGAAUGCCAGAUAUAUUAAAGAAGAAAAACCAGAUUUAGAAAUUAUAGAAACAAAAAUACCAAAUCGAAUUCGAGUAUGAACUUUUAUUUUAAAUAUUUAACUUUUUAAGUUAUAAGUUAAGCUCUUCUGUAUACUGUUAAAAUAAUACUUUUAAUGUUGGAAGUCAGAACUUUGGACAUUGGUUAUCAUUACAUUUUGAUACUUUUUUUAAAUUCAAUUUUUCUCGAUUUACUUAGUAAUAUUGAUAAUUAAGGUUUAAAAGUAAAUUUAAAAUUAUUUUAGAUUUCUGAGUUUAAUGAAGAAUUUAUUAACAAAGAUGUUUAUUUUUAUUAUUAUUAUUUUUUGUGAACACUUUCUACUAGAAAGCUUACUCCAAUUAUCAAGUAUAGCAUCUUUUCUGAAAGGAAAUGUUCUCUGUAUGAUAUUUUAAAGAGGUCAUUUUUAUAAAAUUCUCAUUAUUAUUUGAGAUAAUGAGGAAAACCUGGUUCUUAAGGUUAAAAAAGAUUAAAAAAAUAAGGUUAUUGGUAAAAGUUUUUAUUUAUUUUUUGUAUUUUUUAUUAUUUUGAUCUUUUUUUAAACAAUUAUUGCUGUAAUUAUUUUACUAUAAUAUGACAUAUAUUGUUGACAAAGCGAGACUACCAAGUGAAUUCCACCCAGAAUAGUUUUUUCGUUAGCAAUGGUUUAUCAUUGCUUUCAUUUAAUGUAUAGAUAUACAUUAAAUUCUUGUCUGCAUCCUACUUUCCCAAUUUCCCAGCUACAACAAUGGCUACACCCUCGUGCGAAGUAUAUCAGUCCUUUUUCUUCUUCACCUUUAUCCAAACUUUUCCAAGCUGUCAUUGUAUCAUUUUCAAUCACAUACAACCAACUCAUUUUAGGUAUUUUUCUUCCCCCCUUUCUUUUUACAUUAAUUUCUAAUACAAUUCUUACUGCUACAAAUUCCUCUCUUCUCGAGAUAUGUCCAAAUCACCUUAAUCUAUUGUCUCUCAUUUUAUCUACUAUUGUAAACCACACCUAAGCUACCUCUUAAAUACUAAUUUCUUAUCAUAUCUUUUCUUGUCACUUCACUCUUCCACCUAAGUAUUUUCAUCUUUGCUACAUUCAUUCUGUUUUAUUUUUCUGUCUACUACCAAAUACUCCAAACCAUAGUUGUUCUUAGUACGGACUUUUGUAGAACUUACAUUUUAAUCUCAUUGAAAUAUCUUGUUACAUAAAACACUAGAUUCUUCUCUCCACUUUAUCCAGCUUUGCUUAGUCAUAUGUUUCAUAUUUUUGUUAAAGCCAUUUUCAUAUACAAAAGAUCCUAGGUACUUAAAACUUUGAACCUCUCCUAUUAUAUCACUGCAUAUUGUUAACUAUAUUAUCUUGUUUAUCCAGACACAUUCUCUAAGUAUUCUGUUAUAAUUCUACUUAUAUCUAGUCCCUUUCCUUCAAGUGCUAUUCUCAGUUCCUCAACCUAGAUUAUCCCUAUCAAAUAUAUAUAUCAUCUGCAAUCAUUAUGUACCAUAGAAUCUUCUCACAUCUGCUAUCCCCGCUCACAUUGAGAUGGUACAAUCUGCUAAGGUUUUGUUUAAAGUUUCUUUUACUAGCUGUUUGACAGAGUUAUAGAACUUCAUUUGCCGUCUCAGAAGACAGGUUGAGGUACCAUGGGAGUAUUUUGAUCCUCUUCCACGAGUAGAAUGGUAUUGUCAAUUGUAAGGUGAAUUUCUUCACCCUACAGAAACAAUGUUAUAAGUCUACUGGAAUCAUCCACUUAGGAAAUUAAGCAUUCCACCAGUAGUUGCUUGGGCCCUUAGGUUCACUAAACAUAUAGCAUAUAUGCUUUUCUGAAGUCUUAAAUAUUUUGUAGAUUAUUAUUCAUAUAAAGUCUUUGUAAAAUAAAUAUUUAUUUAUAAUUUAAAUCUUUGAAUUCUGGUUUAAUAUUUUUUUAUAGAUAAGAGAACAAGUAUUAAUGGGAAGACAAAAACCAUCCGUUACUGAUAGAGUUAAAGAAAAGAAUUUAUCUAAAAUUGCUACUAAGUAAUAUCAAUUUGAUUAAAAAUAUAAUAAUUAAUUUUAGUAACAUGUCUACAUAUAAAUGUUAUAGAGGUGUUGUACAAUUAUUCAAUUUAGUUAAACAACAACAAAGAACCGUAGAGAAAAAACUGAAAACUGUAGGACCUUCUAUUUUAAAGCAAGACAAAGUGUUGGAAUCAAUAGAUAAAAAGUCAUUUAUUGAUUCUAUUGACCAUCGAAUGGUAAGUAUAUUUGAAUACAAUACAAUUAAAAAAAAAAUAAGCACUGAUAACCAGCAUAGCAUUGAAGUUUAAUUUUCUUCCAGCCGUAUUAUUAAUGUUACUCAACUUGAAUAGUUUGUAGAGGUAUUUAAAAGCUAUAAUGUUAUACAAUUUGUGCAUAUAUAUUCUAAAUGUUAUCCCUCUUCAUUGCGGGUGUUUGUAGAUGUGUUCAAAAUUUAAAAAAAAAAAACCUUCCUGUAACAACAUAUUUAUAUUGAUUUUGAAAUUUCUCUAAGGGCCAAGUUUGAAUCUAUUUGGUCUCAUUUGGAUACCUGCUAGAAAUGUUCAUAAGAAGCAAGUAAAAGAUAUAGGUAUAUAAAUAUAAUUUGAAUAGAGAGAUAAACAAUAGGCACAAUACGAGGUGUACUCAAAAAGUUUCCAGACUCUUUGAAUUACGUGCCAUUGGAAUACCCAAGGACAGCAGGAUUUAUGUCACUGUUUCUGUGACUUCUGAAUUUGUAGAUUCUCUAUAACCUUUGUUUUGAUUAAAAAAGCUUUUAAGGGUUUUGAUUGGAGACAAUUUUUCCUUCUAUUUUGUUGACAAAAUCUUGGUUGGUAAAGAAAUGUAAUGUUUUACAUCACUUACCUAUGCCAACAAAUUGUAACUGAAAAACUGCAGUUGUGCUGGGUGACAUCAAAGUUUGUUUCGAGAAUCAAAAAACCAAUCCAAGUUCAGGUUUGUCAGGAAUUUUUUGAUGUAGUAAGUGACAAUAAAAACUUUUUUACAUUUUAUCAUAAUAAUAAUCAUUACUAGUAUCAUUAUGUAAUUAUCAAAAUAAAGUAAGAAACUUAUUUUACAAAAAAUCUAUCUCAUUAAAUCAAAGGUUAUAGGAAAUCUACAAAUACAGAUGUACGCAAGAGAAGUCACUGAAGUCAGUGAUAUCAAUCCUACAGCUCUUUGAUGCUUCAUUGGCAUUCAAUUUGUAUACAGUCUGAGAACUUUAUGUACAUUCCUUGUACAGUACAAUAGUUUAUUUUAAUGAAAAAAUUAAAAGCAAAAAAAAUAAAACAACCUUUACCUGUGCAAAUGUUUUUUAAUUAAAAUAUAAAAAUUUGUGUUUAUUUUAACGAUUUAAUAUCAAUUUGAGAAUUAAAUAAUCUUUUCAUUUUUAGGAACAUGAUGAAGUAGGUUGGGAUGUUCUUCGAGAUGAUUUCAUGGGUGGAACUAAAAUUAAAAAUUGGGAUAAACAAACAGAAAAUGAUAGCGAAGAUGAUGAUAUUAAUGUAUAA